AUGAGUGCUCUUCGCGGUGCCUCGAUCUUCUCACGCUUAGGUCUAGGUCCUCCGAGUGCUCGGCACACCCAGCAGAUAUAUAACCUCUGCGGCUUCUAGUGCUGGGAAUUAUGACGGAGUUUUCAGACACUGCAAACCUCUGAACACGAAGAUGAUCGCCAUUCCGUCUAUCCUGGUCGCGUUCUGCUGUUUCGCGAGUGCUGUAGCGAGGUUCAACCCGCUGCACCACUCAGGACCUGCGGCACCAUACUUCGACGCGCCCCACGAGGACGGCAUACCGGAGAGUACCCCAGACGGCUGCGUAGUCGAUCAGGCGGCUUAUAUCCUCCGACAUGGAGCACGGUAUCCUGAACCAAGCGACUUCACUGGCUGGCAAACACUCUUCCAGAAGUUCCAAAACGCGACAUACACCGCUACUGGACCACUCAAAUUCAUCCCGACCUGGGUACCCCCCGUCGAUGACCCGGAUCACGAGCCUCUCUUUCUAACGUCCACAGGCGCUCUGGAAGCCUUCCAACUCGGUGUCGAGUUGCGACAGCGCUACCGACUUACACCGGGCGGUAACAACUUCACGGUUUGGUCCGCCGGCCAGCAGCGUGUAGUCGACACAGCUACAUACUUUGUGCGCGGCUAUCUCUCCCAAGGGAAUUACCUGACAACACCAGACGAGAACCGUGGCUCCGUCGUCGUCAUGCCCGACUCUGUGAACUACACAUUCGCGGACUCGCUGACAUCCUCAAAUGGCUGCCCCAACUUCAACUCGGGAAACAACGGGUCGGCGCAGCAGAGUACCUUCGCCGCGACGUACCGGCAAGGCAUCGCAGACAGGCUCAACCAAUACCUCGACGGCCUGACUUUGGACGCUACGGAUAUCGGACCCAUGCAAGACCUCUGCGGCUUCCAGACUGUGAUUGAUGGUGAUAUGAGGUUCUGCAAGGUCUUCGAAGAUCAGGAAUGGCGUGACUAUGAAUACGGUGCCGAUUUGAACUACUAUUACGGUUCAGGACCCGGCAACCCAUUCUCCGCCACCGUAGGCUUUGGCUGGCUUCAGGCUGUCACUGAUCUCCUCGUCGCUGGACCAAACGCUACGAUGCCGAAUGCUACUUUCACACCACCUCCGCUCGUCACGAGCUUCACGCACGACAACGACCUCCCAGACAUCAUCGCCGCCCUCGGAAUCUGGAAUACCUCGGACAUUCCCGGAGUAUACCCGCUGCCAAAUGACCACAUACCCGAAGGCCGUCGUGAAUUCGUCGCGUCGCAUCUCGUCAGCUUCCGUGGAUACGUCGCCUUGGAGCGCCUCUCGUGCGGAGCGACGCUGCCAAGCACGGUGAACCACACCUCUGGGCAGCUCGUCCUCCUUCCCGGUGAGGGCACCGACGCGCAGAAGUUCAUCCGCGUCAGAGUCAACCACGCCGUCGUCCCGCUACCCAACUGCACGUCGGGGCCGGGCUUAUCGUGCCCGCUGGCGUCGUUCGCGGACUACGUUUACAACGAGCGCGCUGCCGCCGCGGGCGACUUCAUCCAGGUCUGUGGCCUGCAGAAUGUCUCGAACGCGACGGGCGCGAUAGACUUUUUCACGCAGGUGCCGUCCGUGAACGCCCAGUCCGUCGUACUGGAGCUUCCGGUUCUCUGAGCUUUCCUGUUUCGCUUGCGCCAUUCAAAGACAGUCAUCUCUCCGCGAUGUAGCAUGGGAAUUUCACAUUUGAAAAGGGUAUAUACAGUGGCACUUUCGCGCUUACAGCUGGAACAGAUGAUACUUUCAAUGACUUCGCACGAGUUUGUUGUGUGAUUCGUAGAGCUACGCUGAUGGACC